CCUCCUAUUCAAUCUGUCACCAGGAGCUUAUUUCUUCCCGACAUACAAAGUACUCUGAACUCAUUCCGUAACUUAAAAUCCUCUUAGUUAGCAACAAUGUCAAAAGGCUAUUCUUCUUCAUUCCGCAUCUGCAUCGCUAUUCUGCUCGCUGUCCAGGCCGCCUGCUGGGCCUUGACCGUCCUCGACCUACUAAGCCCUGGCAAACCGAGCAUGCUCUUACAGAUGGCUACGAAUUUGGUGUCCCAGAUAGACUCGAGGCGCCUGGGUGGAAGCGCGCUGCUCUCCUACCGCGAUAUUCGAAGCCUGAUCUGAUAUCUACGAGAGAGGGGUCCAUAGUGGAACAUUCGAGUAUCGAACUACUUCAUCCAAUGCAGCGGGUAUCAGAAAUGAGUGCGCGCAGUUGAAUUGGGGUAACGGGACGCCGCGGCGGAGAACGAGCAUCGAGCGACACACCACACAGAGUAGUCGCGGACAAGAACGAAGAUCAAA